GAAGUUAGAGUACUUUACUCACUUCCGGAAACAUUAUUUCACUAGUUUGCCGGUAAAAUAAACAAUAAAUCCUCUAUAAGUUUAUCCGGUUCCCUUCCAAAAUAUCAUCGUUUCGCAGUCGUGACGGGCCAAAAUGAGCCAAGCGGGAAUAGACGCAACCCUUAAGGGCACAUUUGCCACCCUUCCUAGGACAGUAAGAGGUCGACCAAUUGUGAUUAAUGGAGAUCCUAAAGGAAAGAACUUUAUUUAUACCAAUGGUAAUUAUGUGAUUAUCAGAGAUAUUGAGAAUCCAGAAAUUGCUGAUAUUUAUGCUGAACAUGCUAAAGAAACAACAGUCGCUAAAUAUGCUCCUAGUGGUUUUUAUAUAGCAUCUGCAGAUAUUAGUGGUAAGGUUAGAAUCUGGGAUACCACUCAGAAAGAACAUCCAUUAAAGAAUGAAUUCCAUUCAAUAUCUGGUGCUAUUAAAGAUUUAAGUUGGUCACCUGACAGUCUAAGAAUAUGUGUUGCAGGAGAAGCUAAGAGCGAAUUUGCUAAAGUUUUCCACUGGGAUAGUGGAACUUCUGUAGGUAACCUUACCGGUAAUGUUAAAUCUAUAAAUAGUAUUGAUUAUCGAGCUACCCGACCAUUCCGUAUUGUAACAGGAAGUGAAGAUUAUAAUGUGGGAUAUUUUGAAGGUCCUCCCUUUAAAUUGAAGAGUUAUAUUAAAGAACACACAAAUUUUGUCAACACAGUACGAUUUUCGCCAGAUGGAGAAGUAUUUGCUUCAGGUGGUGCUGAUGCUAUGGUAUAUAUUUAUAAUGGUUCUACUGGAGAUAAGGUAGGACAACUAGGAGAUAAAGCUCAUAAAGGUGGUGUAUAUGCUUUAUGCUUUGAUUCAAGUAGUAAAAAAUUACUAACUGUAUCUGCUGAUAAAACCGCCAAGAUAUGGGAUGUAGAAACCACUUCAGUUGUUACUGAAUUUGUAAUGGGUGACCAAGUACAAGAUAUGCAGGUUGGAUGUUUAUGGCAGAAUGAUAAUAUAUUAACUGUAUCUUUAUCUGGUUAUAUUAACUAUUUAGAUGUCAACAAUCCAUCUACACCACGUAGAAUAAUCAAAGGUCACAAUAAAUCUAUAACGUCUCUGGCUUUAUCAUCAGAUAAAUCAACAAUAUUUACUGGUAGUUUUGAUUCGCAUAUCAAUUAUAUGGAUGCAGCAUCAUGUAUAGAUGAUGAACUUAUAGGUAACGGUCAUGCUAAUCAGGUUACAGAUAUGGUUAUUAACGAGGAUACCCUGACAUCCAUAAGUAUUGAUGAUACCAUUAGGUUUUCAUCAGUUAGUUCAAAAUCAUAUGGUUCAUCAAUAAAACUUGAAUCUCAGCCGAAGUCAGUUGACGCCAGUGGUUCGAUAUCUGUAGUGGCUUGUAUAAACCAUCUUGUUGUCUUUGAAAACGAAAGGAAAAUAUCAUCAUUACCGAUAAAUUAUGAAGCUUUAAGUGUAGCAUUGCAUCCAGGUUUAACUGAAGUAGCUGUAGGAGGUGCCGUGGAUAAUAAAUUACAUAUCUAUGAAUUAGCAAAUGGAACUUUAACUGAGAAAAUAAAGAUAGAUAUGACUGGAGGUAUAGCAGAUUUAAAAUAUUCUCCUGAUGGUUCCAUGUUGGCUACAGCUGGUACUGAUCGUAAAGUUAGAUUAUUCCAACUUCCUAAUUAUCUUAUUAUGAUUGAUAGUAAUGCCCAUAAUGCACGGGUUAAUACUGUUGCAUGGGCACCCGAUUCCAAACAUUUUGCAAGUGGUAGUAUAGAUUCACAAAUUGGUAUUUGGGUCGCUGUGGGUUGCAGUCCUCCAAAAAAUAAACUUUUCAAAGGUCAUCCGAUGAGUCAGUUAAACCGAGUUGCAUGGGUGGAUAAUAAUACAUUAGUAUCAGUUGCACAAGAUUGUAUGAUUAAACAAUGGAAAAUAUCAUAUUGAGAAUAUUGAUAAAUAAACAAACAUGGUAUUAAUAAUUAUAAACUAUUAAUUAUAUAACUUGUAAUAAUGAGCAACUUUGUAACAAACACUCAACAUGGUAUUAAAAAAUAUAAACUAUGAGCAACUUUGUAAGAGCACUCAAAACAAAUUUUCGCUUUUUUUCAUGAAUUUUCAACAAAUAAGAAAAACACAUCUAGCAACAGUAAUUAUUUUAGACAUAAAUAAUAAGCUUUUUUUUUAGAACAUUGUAUAACAUGUAUGCACAGGUUUGGUCUGUACCUGUUUUAUACAAAAACCCAUCUGAGUUAUGUACCUGAACGUGUUUUUGUUAAUUUUAUUAUGAAUGUAUGUAUACUCUCAUUUGAAUGAGAUGAACACAUUUCUUUUUUAACCACACUACUUGACUCUAGUUAUAGAAAAGACAGCUGUUGAUAGAAAUAUAUUAACUUAUAUCUGCAAAUCAUAAUGCCUAUAUAUAAUAAACAGUAGGACACCAAAAUUAUAUAUGAUGCCUAUAAUAAACAGUAGUACCUACCAGUGAAAAAGUUAAUGUUACUUGUACCUUUUGUAAUUUUUGUAGCUAUAAUGAUGUAAAAUUUAUAAAUAUAGACUUAAUAAUGCAUUAUGUAAGAUUUAGAUAAAGAGCUGUCUGUUCUUGCUAUAAUAAAUAGUUAAAAAAUAGAUAAUGAGCAAAGAAUAUAUUGGAAAAUUCAUUCUAAUUACUUUAUUCUGAGCGAAGUUAUGACUGUUUGAAGAUUUAGUGUGGAUCGUUCAUUAUCGUAGCAAUGGUACUUGAUAACCGAGACUUAGUCUUGAUUUUCCAUUUUAUCAUUAAAUUUUUAAAUCUCGCUGAUGGUUAAAUCCAUUUAAAUUUCUAUUAUCCAAUGGUCUAGAUAGUUGAUUAAAGGCUUAUUAUGUUAAUAAGUGUCUAAAUAAUAACUUAUAUAACAUUUGAAGCCAAAAGAAAGACCUGCAAUAGACAGAUUUAGCUCUUACAUAAUGCAUCUUUAAACUGUUUAUAAAUAAUAGACAAUUUUACAUGUUAACCAAUAGUAUAUAUAUAUUUGUAAAUCAUGAUCAAAUCAAUUCAGAUAUAUAAUUUCAAGUGUAAAUAUAUCACAUUGUAUGUAAGCACAAUGUGAUAAUAUUUUAGAAACAGAAAAUAUUUUAGAAUAAUCUAGGAAGUGAAUUGUACAUAGAACCCUGACCAGAUUAUGAUGUAAAUUUUGAGAUGCAGUAGCGAAGAACUCCCAAUGUAAGCUGUAAGCAUUUGGAACCAUGGCAAUUGGUAUAUUGAUAUCCCAUAUUACAGUGAUAAUGAUAUAGUGUAUUAUGGCAAUAUUUUUAUGUAGCUAAAGCUUUUCACCUCAGAUACUUCAUAAUAAUACAACUGGAAUAAAUGUAGUCAUUAUUUUAAUCAAAUUAGCCUGUUAAAUAUUUGUUGAUCUUGUCUGUAAAAUAAUAAUAUAAUAAACACUAUUGUAGAUCAUGUACUUAAAUAUGAUUUGUAUUAUUCUUUUCAGCAACAAAUCGGGAAUCAUAGACAUGUAUUUGUUUAAUUUCACGUCCAGAAAGAAUUCAAAUUCUUGAAAUUGAAAGUUUUUAAUGAUAAGAAAGCUUUCUUAAAUUAUACUUUCAUUAUGGUAUGAUUCAUAAUGUGCCUUGUUUCUUGUUAAUAUUAACCUUUUUUUAUCAAGUGUUUUUGGUGUUGAGUAGAUUUGGUAAUCUUCAUUUAGUAACAUUUUGUUAUGUAGUUGUAAGGAGGGGUCAUUAAUGUGAUUUGGUAAUAACACAGAAAUUAUUCUUACAGGCAUUCCAUGACUUAUGGAAAAUAUAUAGUACCGGUAAUAUGUUCCUGUGAAACUAACAGAAAUUCAAACAAUUUGCUGUAGAUAUAUUUUUUUAUUUGCUUUUUGAGCAAGACUUGAUAUAUGUAUUAGAGUCUUGGUCAUUGUUAUGUUCAAAAUCAAAGUAAUAUUGUGUUCUCUGUAAAGUUUAUUAAAGAAAUCCAAUGGUAACCCCUCCUAUUGUAGUUAUUUGUAUCACUUUUAUUUCAUUUUUGCAUCCAUUGCAACAAAAAUCACUACUGGUCUAGCAACAAAGUUGUACAUUACAUAAAUUUUAGAUUUAAUUGUCAAACCUUGUUUCAACUUCUUAUAUUGGUAUCUUUCAUAAAAUCUGUAAUUUGUAUAUCCUUUAGUGUCACAGAGGGGAACUUCCUAGGAUAAUAUGAUAGGUCUAAAAAAAUACUCUUAUUCAGAAAAGUUAUACUUGAUUGAAUUAUUUAUGUGAUUAGCCGAAUGGCAGCUAAAUAAAAGCAAAGAAUGAACUAAAUUUUCUUAAAUUCUUUUUCCUAUGAUGUGAUUUUAUGUAAUUUCAUUUUUUUUUUUUUUUAAGGAAGUGGAUUUCCUGUGCUUUUUUUUCAAUCAUUAGUGUUUUUUUGUACACUAGUAAUGAGUACUUUUAAUUACUACAAUAUAUAACCUAAAAGCUGUAAAAUUGCUUUUAGGGAUUUGUUAAGGAAAUAAUAGGUUAAAUACCUCUGGAGUAUUAUUCAUAAUCUGUUUAUUAUGUGCUAUAAACUAUAUCUUUAAAUUUAAUAAAAUAUUGAUAAUAAUA